AUGAUUUCUAAUUUAAAAGAUCCUUCCUCCAUUCUCUUCACUGAUCCAAUGAGUGGAAUUCCACUUGUAUUCAACCCAUGUUCUAACAAAGAAUCAACGAAUGACAUUAUCAAACACAAUUUAAAGUUUUUCAGUGACAUGCAAGUGGAUGGACUUUUUCAAGAACUGUGUCAAGAAUGGCUAGACGAAAACAUGAACACCUCAACAACAACAACUGCAACCAAUCAAGACACAAUUCCAUCCUAUGAAAUAUUGAGAAACUUUUUGGCAGGUAUUGGAAUUGAACAGGAAGUAAUUGAAAAGAACAUUUCUGCGUUACAAAAACGAGAAUUAUCCUUUACGGAGGGUAAGAAAAGUGAUAAUUCCACUCAUAACAAUCACUCUCUCAACGACUUGUUUACUCAAUAUAAGGCAUUUCCUUAUAUUCAAAUAGAGUGGAAUGAAUAA